GGUGAAGACAUUUGAAAAUCACCCCACUGCAAACUCCUCCCCCUGCUAGAAACCUCACAUUGAAAUGCUGUAAAUGACGUGGGCCCCGAGUGCAAUCGCGGGAAGCCAGGGUUUCCAGCUAGGACACAGCAGGUCGUGAUCCGGGUCGGGACACUGCCUGGCAGAGGCUGCGAGCAUGGGGCCCUGGGGCUGGAAACUGCGCUGGACCGUCGCCUUGCUCCUCGCCGCGGCGGGGACUGCAGUGGGCGACAGAUGUGAAAGAAACGAGUUCCAGUGCCAAGACGGGAAAUGCAUCUCCUACAAGUGGGUCUGUGAUGGCAGCGCUGAGUGCCAGGAUGGCUCUGAUGAGUCCCAGGAGACGUGCUUGUCUGUCACCUGCAAAUCCGAGGACUUCAGCUGUGGGGGCCGUGUCAACCGCUGCAUUCCUCAGUUCUGGAGGUGCGAUGGCCAAGUGGACUGCGACAACGGCUCAGACGAGCAAGGCUGUCCCCCCAGGACGUGCUCCCAGGACGAGUUUCGCUGCCACGAUGGGAAGUGCAUCUCUCGGCAGUUCGUCUGUGACUCAGACCGGGACUGCUUGGACGGCUCAGACGAGGCCUCCUGCCCGGUGCUCACCUGUGGCCCCGCCAGCUUCCAGUGCAACAGCUCCACCUGCAUCCCCCAGCUGUGGGCCUGCGACAACGACCCCGACUGCGAAGAUGGCUCGGAUGAGUGGCCGCAGCACUGUAGGGGUCUUUACGUGUUCCAAGGGGACAGUAGCCCCUGCUCGGCCUUCGAGUUCCACUGCCUAAGUGGCGAGUGCAUCCACUCCAGCUGGCGCUGUGAUGGUGGCCCCGACUGCAAGGACAAAUCUGACGAGGAAAACUGCGCUGUGGCCACCUGUCGCCCUGACGAAUUCCAGUGCUCUGAUGGAAACUGCAUCCAUGGCAGCCGGCAGUGUGACCGGGAAUAUGACUGCAAGGACAUGAGUGAUGAAGUUGGCUGCGUUAAUGUGACACUCUGCGAGGGACCCAACAAGUUCAAGUGUCACAGCGGCGAAUGCAUCACCCUGGACAAAGUCUGCAACAUGGCUAGAGACUGCCGGGACUGGUCAGAUGAACCCAUCAAGGAGUGCGGGACCAACGAAUGCUUGGACAACAACGGCGGCUGUUCCCACGUCUGCAACGACCUUAAGAUCGGCUACGAGUGCCUGUGCCCCGACGGCUUCCAGCUGGUGGCCCAGCGAAGAUGCGAAGAUAUCGAUGAGUGUCAGGAUCCCGACACCUGCAGCCAGCUCUGCGUGAACCUGGAGGGUGGCUACAAGUGCCAGUGUGAGGAAGGCUUCCAGCUGGACCCCCACACGAAGGCCUGCAAGGCUGUGGGCUCCAUUGCCUACCUCUUCUUCACCAACCGGCACGAGGUCAGGAAGAUGACGCUGGACCGGAGCGAGUACACCAGCCUCAUCCCCAACCUGAGGAACGUGGUCGCUCUGGACACGGAGGUGGCCAGCAAUAGAAUCUACUGGUCUGACCUGUCCCAGAGAAUGAUCUGCAGCACCCAGCUUGACAGAGCCCAUGGCGUCUCUUCCUACGACACCGUCAUCAGCAGGGACAUCCAGGCCCCCGACGGGCUGGCUGUGGACUGGAUCCACAGCAACAUCUACUGGACCGACUCUGUCCUGGGCACCGUCUCCGUUGCGGAUACCAAGGGUGUGAAGAGGAAAACGUUAUUCAGGGAGAACGGCUCCAAGCCAAGGGCCAUCGUGGUGGAUCCUGUUCAUGGCUUCAUGUACUGGACUGACUGGGGAACUCCCGCCAAGAUCAAGAAAGGGGGCCUGAAUGGUGUGGACAUCUACUCGCUGGUGACUGAAAACAUUCAGUGGCCCAAUGGCAUCACCCUAGAUCUCCUCAGUGGCCGCCUCUACUGGGUUGACUCCAAACUUCACUCCAUCUCAAGCAUCGAUGUCAACGGGGGCAACCGGAAGACCGUCUUGGAGGACGAAAAGAGGCUGGCCCACCCCUUCUCCUUGGCCGUCUUUGAGGACAAAGUAUUUUGGACAGAUAUCAUCAACGAAGCCAUUUUCAGUGCCAACCGCCUCACAGGUUCCGAUGUCAACUUGUUGGCCGAAAACCUGCUGUCCCCAGAGGAUAUGGUCCUCUUCCACAACCUCACCCAGCCAAGAGGAGUGAACUGGUGUGAGAGGACCAUCCUGAGCAAUGGCGGCUGCCAGUAUCUGUGCCUCCCCGCCCCGCAGAUCAACCCCCACUCGCCCAAGUUUACCUGCGCCUGCCCGGACGGCAUGCUGCUGGCCAGGGACAUGAGGAGCUGCCUCACAGAGGCUGAGGCUGCAGUGGCCACCCAGGAGACAUCCACCGUCAGGCUAAAGGUCAGCUCCACAGCCGUAAGGACACAGCACACAACCACCCGGCCUGUUCCCGACACCUCCCGGCUGCCUGGGGCCACCCCUGGGCUCACCACGGUGGAGAUAGUGACAACGUCUCACCAAGCUCUGGGCGACGUUGCUGGCAGAGGAAAUGAGAAGCCCAGUGGCGUGAGGGCUCUGUCCAUCGUCCUCCCCAUCGUGCUCCUCGUCUUCCUCUGCCUGGGGGCCUUCCUCCUGUGGAAGAACUGGCGGCUUAAGAACAUCAACAGCAUCAACUUUGACAACCCCGUCUAUCAGAAGACCACAGAGGAUGAGGUCCACAUUUGCCGCAACCAGGACGGCUACAGCUACCCCUCGAGACAGAUGGUCAGUCUGGAGGAUGACGUGGCGUGAACAUCUGCCUGGAGUCCCGUCCCUGCCCAGAACCCUUCCUGAGACCUCGCCGGCCUUGUUUUAUUCAAAGACAGAGAAGACCAAAGCAUUGCCUGCCAGAGCUUUGUUUUAUAUAUUUAUUCAUCUGGGAGGCAGAACAGGCUUCGGACAGCGCCCAUGCAAUGGCUUGGGUUGGGAUUUUGGUUUCUUCCUUUCCUUGUUAAGGAGAAGAGAAACAGGCCCGGGGGGACCAGGAUGACACCUCCAUUUCUCUCCAGGAAGUUUUGAGUUUCUCUCCACUGUGACACAAUCCUCAAACAUGGAAGAUGAAAGGGCAGGGGAUGUCAGGCCCAGAGAAGCAAGUGGCUUUCAACACACAACAGCAGAUGGCACCAACGGGACCCCCCGGCCCUGCCUCAUCCACCAAUCUCUAAGCCGAACCCCUAAACUCAGGAGUCAACGUGUUUACCUCUUCUAUGCAAGCCUUGCUAGACAGCCAGGUUAGCCUUUGCCCUGUCACCCCCGAAUCAUGACCCACCCAGUGUCUUUCGAGGUGGGUUUGUACCUUCCUUAAGCCAGGAAAGGGAUUCAUGGCGUCAGAAAUGAUCUGGCUGAAUCCGUGGUGGCACCGAGACCAAACUCAUUCACCAAAUGAUGCCACUUCCCAGAGGCAGAGCCUGAGUCACCGGUCACCCUUAAUAUUUAUUAAGUGCCUGAGACACCCGGUUACCUUGGCCAUGAGGACACGUGGCCUGCACCCAGGUGUGGCUGUCAGGACGCCAGCCUGGUGCCCGUCCUCCCGACCCCUACCCACUUCCAUUCCCGUGGUCUCCUUGCACUUUCUCAGUUCAGAGUUGUACACUGUGUACAUUCGGCAUUUGUGUUAUUAUUUUGCACUGUUUUCUGUCGUGUGUGUUGGAAUGGGAUCCCAGGCCAGGGAAAGCCUGUGUCAAUGAAUGCCAGGGACAGAGAGGGGCAGGUUGACCGGGACUUCAAAGCCGUGAUCGUGAAUAUCGAGAACUGCCAUUGUCUUCUUUAUGUCCGCCCACCUAGUGCUUCCACUUCUAUGCAAAUGCCUCCAAGCCAUUCACUUCCCCGAUCUUGUCGUUGAUGGGUAUGCGUUUAAAACAUGCACGGUGAGGCCGGGCGCAGUGGCUCACGCCUGUAAUCCCAGCACUUUGGGAGGCCGAGGCGGGCGGAUCACCUGAGGUCCGGAGUUCGAGACCAGCCUGGCCAACAUGGUGAAACUCUGUCUUUACUAAAAAUACAAAAGUUAGCCGGGUGUGGUGGCAUGCGCCUGUAAUCCCAGCUACUCGGGAGGCUGAGGCAGGAGAAUCGCUUAAGGAACCCAGGAGGCAGAGGUUACAGUGAGCUGAGAUUGUGCUAUUGAGCUCCAGCCUGGGUGACAAUGACAAGAGCGAAACUCGUCUCAAAAAAAAAAAAAAAAAAACCAUGCACGGUGCAUCAGCAGCCCAUGGCCUCUGGCCAGGCAUGGCGAGGCUGAGGUGGGAGGAUGGUUUGAGCUCAGGCAUUUGAGGCUGUCGUGAGCUAUGAUUAUGCCACUGCUUUCCAGCCUGGGCAACAUAGUAAGACCCCAUCUCUUAAAAAAUGAAUUUGGCCAGACACAGGUGCCUCACGCCUGUAAUCCCAGCACUUUGGGAGGCUGAGCUGGAUCACUUGAGUUCAGGAGUUGGAGACCAGGCCUGAGCAACAAAGCGAGAUCCCAUCUCUACAAAAAUCAAAAAGUUAAAAAUCAGCUGGGUAUGGUGGCACGUGCCUGUGAUCCCAGCUACUUGGGAGGCUGAGGCAGGAGGAUCGCCUGAGCCCAGGAGGUGGAGGUUGCAGUGAGCCAUGAUCGAGCCACUGCACUCCAGCCUGGGCAACAGAUGAAGACCCUGUUUCAGAAAUACAACUAUAAAAAAAAAAAUAAAUCCUCCAGUCUGGAUCGUUUGACGGGACUUCAGGUUCUUUCUGAAAUUGCCGUAAGUGUUACUGUUGCACUGAUGUCCGGAGAGACAGUGACAGCCUCCGUCAGACUCCCGCGUGAAGAUAUCACAAGGGAUUGGCGAUUGUCCCCAGGGACAAAACACUGUGUCCCCCCACUGCAGGGAACCGUGAUAAGCCUUUCUGGUUUUGGAGCACGUAAAUGCGUCCCUGUACAGAUAGUGGGGUUUGUUAUGUUUGCACUUUGUAUAUUGGUUGAAACUGUUAUCACUUAUAUAUAUAUAUAUAUACACAUAUAUAUAAAAUCUAUUUAUUUUUGCAAACCCUGGUUGCUGUAUUUGUUCAGUGACUAUUCUCGGGGCCCUGUGUAGGGGGUUAUUGCCUCUGAAAUGCCUCUUCUUUAUGUACAAAGAUGAUUAUUUGCACGAACUGGACUGUGUGCAACGCUUUUUGGGAGAAUGAUGUCCCCGGUGUAUGUAUGAGUGGCUUCUGGGAGAUGGGUGUCACUUUUUAAACCACUGUAUAGAAGGUUUUUGUAGCCUGAAUGUCUUACUGUGAUCAAUUAAAUUUCUUAAAUGAA